GUCUUGUGGGCGGCGCUCGCGCUGCUGUCGAGCGAUUACGUGCACGUGUUCCGCGGCGCCGUCGAGCUCGCGUCGGAGUGCCUCGCGCGGCUGGCGCUGCAGGACGCGACGGUGCAGGGCGUGCUGCUGGCCAGCGCGCCGAUCGUCGAUCCUGACGCGGAAAACACGCCCAAUGGCAGCGGGGGCGGGCGCGGCGGCGAGGCGGCGGCUCUCGCGGGCCUCGCGGGCGAUGCGCCUGGCGGCGGCGGCGGCGGGGCCGGGAGCUGGGGCAGCGCGCCGGGGUCGCGGCGGGG